CCUACCCCCCUUGCCGCGCUCUGUCUCCUUCUAGCUCCACUCCUGGGCUCCGCUUCCCGGGUCCGAACCGCACCUCCCCGUCCAAGCCUAAACCCCGUCUCCACCUCCCUGUCGGAGCCACACCACACGACCCGAACCCGCCUCCCGGGGGCGGAGCCGCACCAGGUGCGGACCCGGGGCGUGGCGGAUGUCCAGGAGCGCCAGGUGCGGCUUCCGUGUCAAGAUGGCCGCCGCCUGCCGCUUCGGAGCCCGGGUCCCGCCCCGCCGCCGCCUCUUUGCCGGGACCCCGCUGCUUCGCGUCGCCCUCUGCCUCCUGUGCUGGGCCCCGGCGGCUGUGGUCGCCGUCCCCGAGCUCGGGCUCUGGGCAGCGACGAUCAGCGACAAAUCAGGACCUUUGAUAUUUAGGAAAACUGCGUUUAACUCUACAGAAAUCAGGUUUUCUGUUAAGUCAUUCAGUUGUUCUGGGCCUGUGAAGUUUACCAUCGAGUGGUAUUUGAAGUAUCAUACCUGUCAGAAUGAAUAUUCUAAGCUGGAGGAGGAGCUAUCACAAAAACAUGAACCCAGCGUUGAUGAAGACUUUUGUGGUCAUUAUUUCAAGAACGUUGAAUGUUGGACAACAAAAUAUGAAAACGUAAAUUGCAACAGUGACUUACAGGUGUUUCCCUCAUUGAAUAAUAAGGAACUAAUUACAAAUAUCAGAAAUGUUUCCAACCAGGAAGGAUCAACAGAUGUGAUAGCCAGAACACAGAGAGAUGGGUUUCAUAUAUUUAUUGUUUCUGUGAAAACGGACAAAACAGAUGCAAGAUGGAAUUUGAAUGUUUCUCUUUCUAUGAUCGGGCCUCAUGGAUAUAUUUCUGCGUCAGAUUGGCCACUAAUGAUUUUUUACAUGGUGAUGUGUAUCGUUUAUAUUUUAUAUGGCGUACUAUGGCUGAUGUGGUCUGCCUGUUAUUGGAAAGAUAUAUUAAGAAUUCAGUUCUGGAUUGCAGCUGUUAUUUUCCUGGGAAUGCUUGAAAAAGCAGUUUUUUAUACUGAAUAUCAAAACAUCAGCAGCACUGGGCUAUCAACCCAAGGUUUACUGAUAUUUGCGGAGUUGAUAUCUGCGGUUAAGAGGACAUUGGCUCGCCUCCUUGUGAUCAUUGUGAGCUUGGGCUACGGCAUUGUGAAGCCUCGUUUAGGAACAGUCAUGCACCGGGUGGUUGGACUGGGGAUUCUUUACUUUAUCUUCGCAGCUAUUGAAGGCGUGAUGAGAGUUAUUGGGGGUUCUAACCAUUUAGCUGUCAUUUUUGGUGACAUUAUUUUGGCAGUUAUUGACUCCAUUUUUGUAUGGUUCAUAUUUAUAAGUUUGGCCCAAACUAUGAAGACUCUAAGGCUAAGAAAGAACACGGUGAAAUUUUCUUUAUACAGGCACUUUACAAAUACUCUGAUCUUUGCCGUACUGGCUUCUAUAGUAUUUAUGGUGUGGACGACUAAGACAUUUAGAAUUGCAAAAUGUCAAUCCGAUUGGAUGGAACGUUGGGUUGAUGAUGCAUUCUGGAGCUUCCUUUUUUCGCUUAUCCUUAUUGUGAUAAUGUUUUUGUGGAGACCAUCAGCAAACAACCAGAGAUAUGCCUUCAUGCCAUUAAUAGAUGAUUCUGAUGAUGAAAUUGAAGAAUUCAUGGUAACAUCUGAGAAUUUAACUGAAGGAAUAAAAUUAAGAGUCUCAAAAACGGUUUCCAAUGGAACAGCUAAACCUGCUACUUCUGAUAAUUUUGAUGAAGAUUUGAAGUGGGUGGAAGAAAAUAUUCCCUCUUCAUUCACAGAUGUAGCUCUUCCAGUGUUAGUGGAUUCAGAUGAGGAAAUCAUGACCAGAUCUGAAAUGGCAGAAAAAAUGUUCUCUUCAGAAAAGAUAAUGUGAUUGGAACCCAUAUAAAUGAAACCCAGUUAACGGUGAAGGACUUCCUCAAGACUGAAAGAGAGCUUUGUUUUGAUCUAGUGCAACAAGUUUUUAUUGCAUUGUCUUGGAAAUCUGUGUAUUAAAAUGAAGAAUUCAGGUGGUAGGAGGUUUCUGCACCCCUUUUAAGCUACUUUACAUGUCAGCUUAAUGUCCACCAAAUUGCCUGGAUUUGGAAAUAAUCUAAGAGAAGUAUUAUGAUAAAGAAAUAUGCCCGGAUGCUCUUAGCUAAAAGGAGGCAGGGAUGUGGAUUUGGGCUUUCUCUUUUCUCUGGAAAAUAUGACAAUUCCAGAUUUAAAAAUAUUUUUUACGUAAACACUUCUAUUCUUCCACUCACUAACCUUUGAGGUAGAGGAUGUGAUUCUUCUGAAGUGUGGUAAAUCAGCAUCUCCAUCUCUUAGGUUUCUAGUUACUAGAUGCAAUAAUAAUAUUCUUUGACUUUUAUAUGGAAGUGAUUUGAUAUCAAGUAAAACUUGAUUAACCGUAGAACAUAAGCAUGUUUAUAGGGUUAGUUUUGGGGUGUGUGUGUGUGUGUGUGUGUGUGUACACACAUAUGGGUCUGCACAAGGUCCUUGUUUGUAAAUAUCACCAUGCACAUCAAAUCACAGAGUUAGGUCCUCUCUAAGCUCAGGGGAACAGAAGUACACAGGAAUAAGGUCUUGAAGGUCACUUCCAAGGAUUUGCCCUCCCACUAUCCCCUCAUUCAGGCCACAUGUUCACGUGCUGCUGCUGAAUCUGUGUGGGGCAGGUGGUAGACACAUGGCCAGAUGGGGACGCUUUCUCCCCGGAAAGCUGGCAGAUUCGUUACCAGUGAGCCUUAUAGACCCUAGAACAUCCUUUACGUAAUCUUGGUUUAUUUGAUUUUAUAAUAAAAUAUGUAUUUGUCUGUACAGUA